GUGUUAACCCCGUUUCCUAAUAAAUUAGAGAAUAAUUACUGCAGUAUUGAAAAUCAGAGUCAGGCAAGCGAAGGAUCGGCAACAGAAAGUCGUAAGCUUUGAUUCAUACGUAGAAUCCAGAGGCAGAGAUGGGACGCAGGAAGUCAAAGAGAAAGCCUCCACCCAAGAAGAAGAUGACUGGGAACCUUGACACCCAGUUCACAUGUCCAUUCUGUAACCACGAGAAGUCCUGUGAUGUUAAAAUGGAUCGAUCGCGCAAUACGGGUGUCAUUUCGUGUACGGUGUGCCUGGAGGAGUUCCAGACUCCAAUAACCUAUCUUUCUGAGCCUGUAGAUGUUUACAGUGAUUGGAUUGACGCCUGUGAAGCUGCUAACCAGUAGCAGGACUCCUUUCUUGCUGCCACCUAGCCCAGCAUACUUGUGGCUGCCAGCGGUUUAUUCAUGCAUACACCUCUUGAGAGGUGGACACUAGCCAUUGUGUUUCAUACGUGACAUUGGGGAAUAUGGAAUUGGCCACCACUGACCUUUGCAUUUUGACACCAAGGGACCACAGCUGCUAAAACCAGUUAUAUAGAUGGGGAUGUAUUUGUCUUUUUACCUUGAAGAAUAUCAUCCAUGUAUAAGUCUAGCCAAGCACUCAGCAGAAUGGUAUACCAUUUCCCCAUCUCUGAUGACUUAUUUUCAUCUUGCGUGUACUUGCAAAAUGAUUGGUCAUCUCUCCCAAAGUAUGCAGCAUGGCAGCUCCUCUCUCCUAUGUUUAAAUGCACAUUUUCAGAUGAGGCAUGUCCUGUCUGUCUAAAAAUACAUUAUAUUUGAAUUAAACGGUAGCACAUAAAAGCAUUAGGCAUAGGGCGUUGUUUAUCAGAAUACUAAAGGAGUUUUUUCCAUUAGAAAAGUUUAGUGUGUGUAAGAGUAAACACUAUGUAUUGCAUUCUAUGGUCUUUUGACCAGGGAAAGGUUAAUAGUCUAUUCUAUUACACCUCUCUGUAAAAUGCGGGUGGAUAUUAAAUGAUAAAGCUGCCUGCAAACAGUUACUUCAUUGCCAUUGGCUGCUGGGCUUUUAGUGUUUUAAGUAGAACGGUGCUUAGGAAGGUCGAAAACCCAUUGGAGAGCUCACGAAAUUAAGAAAGUGUAAUUGGUAUAAAUGAUGUACAGGUUUUAAAACAAUCAAGUAACUAUCCAUGCUCCCUCUCUCAGCAGUCUGUCUCUUUCUGUUAUUUACAUGAAAUGGAGAUUACAUUGUUAAAAGUUCCCCUUUAUGUGCUGAAAGUAAAAAAAAAAAAAAAAGUGUUUUUAUUUUAUUUCAUUGAAUAAUUGAGAGAUCGGUUUGGAAAUCCGGCAAGUAGAAUAUUUUUUUUUUUUUUCAUCCCUUAACCACUUUUCCAGCACAUUUUGUAUUUUUUUUUUUUCUCACUGCCAAAAGUACAGUAAAGGUGAGACAGCUGCAGAGUGGGGUCUGUCUGAGCUAAAUCAUAAAGAAAAUCAUAACCAAUGAUACUGAUUUUUCCCCCAAGUAUAGUAAUUUCCCUAAUACCAUUUUUUUUUUGUAAAUAAUUAGUAGGAUUUUGUUCUAGAUACUUUGGAAAAUUGGAAGCAAAUCUUUAUUCUGUUACUAAUGGAUGAAAAAGUGUUAUUUUUUAUUAAACACAAAAUUGCGUGACCUUCAUUU